AUGCAGCAGCAAUACUGAACAUGAAGACAGGGAAACUUGCGUGUGGCAGCAGAAACCUCCUCGGUGCGUUCCACCUGUUUCACGUGUCUUGUGUCGUACACUGGUUUCUCUUCUGUGAGAGUGAAAUACUUGGGAGCAAGAUGGUGUGUGGAAAGGGGAAAAAGAGAUGCACAAAGCAGAGUGGUGCGAACAUGAAUGGGUUGGUUAGCAAUGUUAGCUGGCAAAUAUUUUCAGUGUUCUGUCCAGAAUGUCAAGGCACUGGGAUAAACAUUGAAGGAGAUGAGAUUGAGAGACACGUUUCCGCUUUCUCAGGCAUGGAGGUUCGGGGUGAAAGUGAGUGAAGGUAGAAAAGCAUGGAUGAAAAAUCCGGAGAAGUUAGAGAAUUGCUCAACAGGAUUUCAUUUUCCACAGCAGGAUAAAGAAUCGGUUAAAGGUCAGGUAAUGUUACUGUUAUUACACAACAUAUCCAUUUUGGUAAUUACAUUGGUUGUAAAUUGAAAGAUAAAAUGUGGGAAUACAUGAGGAAAGAGUGCAGAGCUUGAAACUGGUUCGUUUCUACCGAGUGGAGUUGUAAAGUAGGAAAGAAGCAAGCAAAGAUACACUCUAAAAUUUAUGUGUUUUGUGUAAAUAAGGAUUUGUCCGGCACUUUGUAAAUCCGCUAUUACAUUUGGUGUUGUUAUUAUUAUCUGAUUACUUUUACGGCUCAUUUUACUCUACAGUAAUAUUUAAAAAUUCUUAAAAUUAGAAAUUCUAAAACCUGUUACCGAUGUAGGCUGAUAGGCAAAUUCAAUUACAACUUUUAAAGCUACAAAUUUGGAUCCCAUAGAUGAGGCCAUGAGUGGUUGUGUCAUGAGGACCCAUAAGUCAUCUCAGACUGCACUAUGCUUUUAAAUGAAACAGCUCACUUCAGUUUUAUUUACAACAUUUUUAAUGUAUAAAGAAAGAACCGUACCCAAAACAUUAAUAUAAUAAAUUGAUAUUUCAACUUCUUCUACAUAUCAACAGUCUUAUUCACCGUUAUCAAUCAAACGUAGGGUCCAAAUUUUAUUUAGAGUUUUUGGAAAGGAAAAAGCACCACCGUUUGCGUCGCGUUCUAGUUUCUAAAUGCCUCUAUCUCAUCUUUUUGGUGUACAGAU